CAAUAUUUUGUAAUGCGUAACAAAGUAGUCAAAAUUUUAAUGUUUAAGAAAAUAAAUUAAAUAAAAGAAUUGAAAAAAAUGAGGAAACGUAGGCGUUCGACGCUGUCUUCGCUUCGCGAUGGCAGCAAACGGCGAAGUCAACCGAAAGAGGAUAGAGGAAGCAACUCGCAAAGGCGGCCAGCGCAUUCAUCCAUCUCGAUAAAAAGUUUCGCAGAUGAUUUCGAACCAGAGCAAUCACGCAAAUGCUAUUGUCACAACUGCAAAAUGCGAUACGUGAACAGGGAACAAAAGGAACGGAUGAACGAUGAACUCGAAUUCAAGCUAGUCGAAGUGCUCAAUUGCAUUGAGAGCCAGGUGGAACAGUCGAUUGCCGAUCUCGAUCACCUGGUGCGUUACAAAUCCAUAUCCGUGGAGCUCAAGUAUCGCAAAAUAGGCUGCGAUGCUCUCGAAUGGGUGGCGAAUCGUUUGGCCUCCUUGAAGUUCCGCACCAAUCUAAUUCCCAUUUCGAAUGUGCCCGACAGUUGCUUCCAGGAGCCACUGCAGAAUGUGCUCUUCGCCAACUACUUCUCGUCGCCGACGAAGACCACAGUGCUGAUUUAUGCCCAUGUGGAUGUUGUGCCCGCCGAGCGUGAAUGCUGGUUCAAUGAACCAUUCGAGUUGAGUAUCCGAGAAGGUCAACUCUAUGGCCGCGGAGUGUCCAGUGGCAAGGGAAUGCUUGUGGGUUGGCUGCACGCCUUCGAGUGUUGGCUGAAGGUCAACAACGAUCUGCCCAUCAAUGUCAAGAUCAUUGUGGACAUGCUGCACGAGGUGGGCAGCGAGGGUGUGCAGAAAUAUGUGGAGACACGCAGUGAUUUCUUUCUCGACGUCGACUAUAUGAUCUUCGAUGCCAACUCUUGGCUUAAUAAAGAACGUCCUGUCAUCGCUUGCGGGCUCACAGGUUGGGCGCACUUUGGCAUUCAGGUGCGUGGCGCCAAUAAGAGUUUGGAGGCCGGCUUGGCUGGCGGUUUGGUCUUUGAGCCCAUGACCGAUGUGUGCCACCUGAUGAACAGCAUGCUGAGCAAUACCCACGAGAUUAAAAUACCGCGCAUCGAUCACAUGGUGCGACGUCUGUCGGUCACCGAAUGGCAGCUACUCGAGACGGCCGAGUUCAGUACCUCCAAGUAUAUGGAUCGUCUGGAGAUACGUCGUCUGCGACACGAGGACAACAAGGUGAAUCUCUUGCAGAAUCGUUGGUGCAAACCGACGCUCUGCUUGCACGGCAUCGAGGGCAGCGACAACGAAAGCGAAUGCAGUCGCACGCUUCCGAUGCUGGUCACGGGAAAAUUCUCCAUCAAGCUAGUGCCCGAUCAAGAGUUGCCCUCGAUACAUGCUGCUGUGCAGGACUAUCUGCAUCGCAUGUGCACCGAACUUCAUGUGAGCACACACAUGAAGCUGCUGCUCCUCGAUUCCUGUGAACCCACCUCGUGGUCCACCACCUCGAAGCACAUGAAUGCCUUGUCUCGAGCCGUGACCGAAAUCUAUUUGAAAGAGCCCGUGGCCACCGCUGGCAUUGCUGUGUGUCUGCCCAUUGCCAGUGUGUAUCGCAGGCUGAUCAAUAAGCCCAUUUUGUUGGUUCCUUAUGCAAUGCGCAGGGAUCGUCAUCAUCAGGAGAACGAAUCCAUACACGAGGAUCACUUUGUGCGGCAUACCAAAGUGUGUGCCUCGCUACUCUUUGAGAUAUCGACACUGAAUGUGAAAUGCAAGUGCGGAUACAUACCCGAGUAUUGUCACUUAAAAGGCGUGGCCGAGCGACUGGCAGCGGAGCGGGGUGAGGAUGUGGUAGUUGAGUCGUCAUUCAGGAAAAUGAUAUCGAAAUUAAGACGUCGCAAGGUCGUGCAUCAGCCUCCUCCAGAGCGCAAGACCAAAAAGACCAUUGCCGACUAUCUCUGUGGACCACUUGGCAAGAAGCUGCUGAAGAAGCGAGCAAGUAAGCCCAAAAAACAAAGUAAGCAAAAAGAAGCCGGUCCGGAAAGAGCAUCGCAACAAAUUAAAAUAGAAACUGAAAAUAUAUCCUAAUUGGAUAAAUGGAAAAUAUUACUAACUAUUGAGACUUUGCGAGAAUGUUGCGCUUGACUUGGAUAUUAGGCUUGAAAAGAGAUAAUGCAAAGUUCGGCAAGAAGAGGAAUACAACAUGUAACAAAGUCUUGAAAAAAAGCUAGAGAAAAGUUCGACAAGCAGAUGCUAAGAAAACUUAAAUUUGUCUACUAAAUUUUAUUAAGCGAAAACUCAAAAAAAAGCAGAAAGAAGCAAUAGAAGAUCACAUAUGUUAAAUACCACACAAAAACCUGAAACUUGAGGAUAAUAUCUCACACCUUACUCUAUAUACAACAAAUUAUUCAGCUACAUUUCUUAAUGUCUGGUUGAAAUGUUUGCAGACUUCACAAAGAUUUUAAGUAGACAUUAAGAAAACGAAGCUCUCACCGUAAAAAUAUAAAUGUUCAAGAUG